AUGUUUUGGCGGUUGGGCGGUUUUGGAUUUACAAAUGGCUCUACAUUGGAUAGUUUAUUGGACAAAGCGCCUGAUCUUGCAUUAGAACAGGUUUUGGAUGAAGAUGAUUUACUUCAGGAAUGUAAGUCGCAUAACCCGAAGCUUAUAGAAUAUUUGCGUGAUCCGAAUGUUCUUAAACAGCUCCUUGACUACAUGAUAAUAGAUAAUCUUGACGAUAUGGCUAAACAAAAGUAUUCACAGAUGGCUUGUGAAAUUCUUUCAUGUGAAAUGUGGUCAAUUUAUGAGACAAUUAUGGAGAAUAAGACAUUAUUAUAUCAUUUUUGGGGAUUUUUGGAAAAACCAGCUCCUCUAGAUCCAUUGCAAGCAUCAUAUUUUUUCAGAGUAAAUGAGCAGUUUCUUGAAAAAAAAACAGAUGAUAUGAUUCUUUUUAUUCAAAGUAUUCCAAACGUUAUGUCUAAAAUGCUUCGACAUAUUGAAACGAGUGCAAUUAUGGAUUUAUUACUUAAGAUGAUCAGUAUUGAGCGAAGUGAAUCAGGUAUUGGAAUGAUAGAUUGGCUUCAGAGUGAAUCUUUGAUACCAUUUCUUCUUUCGAAAAUUGAUCCACAUACAAAUCCAACUAUACAAAUGACAGCUGCUGAUAUUCUUAAGUCUAUUAUUGCAAUUUCUGCUAGUCCUAUUGGUCAAGGAGGCAUUGGGGUAAAUUCGCUUUUGUGUGAACUUGCAUCUAAAGAAAGUAUGGAGGUUCUUAUAGAGUAUAUGUUGCAUCGAGAUGCUCCUUUUUCUUCUUCAAGUCUUGUUAAUGGUGCAAGUAUCAUUAUAGAGCUUAUUAGAAAAAAUAAUAGUGAUUAUGAUCGACCAUCCUUUCUUGAUUUAUCUCUUACGGAAAAUUCUUCUCUUGCAAAAGGCUCUAUUUACCUUGGUACUAUGCUAAAGAUAUUUGCUUCUCAUAUUUCUGAUUUUCAAAAAAUUCUUUUUAAUCCUAAGAUGGUUAAAGAUGAACUUCAAAUGGCAUUUGGCAAAGUUAAACCUUUAGGUAUUGAAAGGUUUCGUAUUUGCGAGCUUUAUGCAGAAUUGCUACAUUGCAGUAAUAUGGUAUUAUUAAACAGCCCUAAAAAUGAAUUAGAAAUUUUGAAAAAAAAUGAAUUGCAUGAUAAAACAAAAAAAGUUCAAAACACUAAAAGUGUAGAUUCUGAAACAUUUCUUAAUUUAAAAUCUACUGAAGUAUUUAAUAGCGAACAGGUAUCGUCUUGGAAUGAUUUUACAUUUAAAUCUAUAGAUUCAUAUGAGAUUCUUGAAAAUAAUCAGGAUUUUUUUUCAAAUAAAGAUAAUGAUGUAAAGAAUAUAUUUAAAGAGAAAAUUACUGAGAUAAAACUUUCUACGUUAGAUGACAAUGUUAAUAAUCAUUCUCAAGAACUAAGUCUUGAGAAUCGUCUGGUAAAUAAUACUUUUGAAGAAAUUUUAGAUAUUAGUACAGAUAAUUUAAAUCAUAAAGAUAUUAAAUUGGAAGAAAACCCAAAUAAUUUUGGAAAUAUUCAUGACACUUUAAAGAUAUCCAGAUGUAUUGAUUCAAAUGAAAAAUACUCAUUAAAUGAAGAACAUUUAUUGAACAGAAAGAAUUCUGCAAAUAUAAAUGAAUCAGAUGUGGUACAAAAGGAUGCAGAUCUUGUUCAUGAACUUGUUGUUGGUGAUUAUUUAAAAAUGCAAUUUAUUGAACAUAAAGUUUUUCCUACUGUAUUAGAUAUGUUUUUCAUGUUUCCCUGGAAUAAUUUUUUACACAAUGUUGUGUAUGAUCUUAUUCAACAAAUUUUUAAUGGGCCUAUGGAUAAAGGAUGUAAUAGUGCUUUGGUAAUAGAUAUUUUUUCUCGAGGGCAAAUCUGUGAAAAAAUUGUUCAAGCUCAAAAAGAAAGUGAUAAUGUAACUUCUAAGUCGUCUGGCGUUCGAUUAGGAUACAUGGGUCAUUUAACUUUAAUUGCAGAAGAAGUUAUAAAAUUCGCAGAACGAUAUCCUCCUCACACAGUCUCUCCUAUUAUUGUGGAAAAGAUUUCUUCUACUGAAUGGAUUGAUUAUGUUGAACAUAGUUUAGCUGAAACAAGAGCAAGAAAUAAUGCCAUUCUUGGAGGAGUUCGACCCCAUCAUCUUUCCCUUAAUUCUGUUAUUGGGUUUGACACUCAUGGUUUGCAGGAUUUUAUGUCAGAUGCUUCCGAUAUUGAUUAUGAUGAUGAUGAUGAUGACGAUGAUGAUGAUUUGAAUAAAAGGAUAAAUUUGCUUGGAAUAGAAGAUAAUGAUAAGCAUUCUAUAGAUGGUACGUAUAAUAGUGGGAGUUUUGGGCAUAAUCAGUUUUUAAAAUACAUUGAUCGACAAAUUGUAGAUAAUUUUCCAAAUAAAUAUGAAGACCUGAAUGAUGAUGAAAAAGAAGAUACAUCAUGGAUCGAAGAAAACAAUAAACUUAAACAAGAUGGCUUGACGGAUGAUUUAAAUGGAUCCCGAUAUCAGAAAAUAUCUGACUCAGAAUGCAUUAACGGAUCGUUGAAUGAUAUUUUUGAGCAGGAGAUGUAUAGUAAAUACAAAAAAACUUACAUUGAUAAAAAUAUAAAUGCUAGUGAUUUUUUAACACACGAUAAAAAAGAAAAGGUAAACUAUGAUUAUGAUAACUUUAAUGAUGAAGUCUAUUUAAAUCCAGAUAAUGGUAUACAAACGUGGAAUUAUGAAUUAUUUAAUUCUAUAAAAACAUCAGAACAAGAAAUACAAGAGAGCAGAAAUACAUCUGUUCCAUAUAAUAAUGAAUAUUAUAGUAUUUGA